AUGAACAAAUCAAUACACCAAUGGUUAAUGAAAGUAUGUCCUGUCCAGCAGCACAUGUUGAUUGUGGCAAUGUGUUUUUUUGCGAUGUUAGUAAGUCAUGGAAUGAGGACUGUUUUUAGUGUUUCUAUGAACGAAAUGAAACUUAGAAACGAUAUUGAAAAUUACAUCGAUGAUGACGGAGAAAUAAACUGUCCGAGGCCGCCGAAUAAUACAAUGAACAUUACUAUGGAAUCCUUUUUCGACUGGGACGCCACCCAACGCCUAAACUUAGGUCGAGCCUUCUACUUAUCCUAUCUUGUGGGUCACAUAACGUGUGGAAUGCUCUCGGACUAUUUUGGUGGUAAACAAAUAAUGGGCUAUGGUGUUUUGAUAUCGGCUAUGACUACUUUUGUGACUCCUCAGAUGUUACAUCAAUGGGGAUAUAAUGGAUUUGUGGCUUCGAGAGUUUUUGUUGGACUAUUUCAGGGAAGUAUAAAUCCAUCUUGUGCCACAUUAUUAGCUCAUUGGAUACCUAGAAGUAAAAGAUGUCGUUUGGCCACAAUAAUAUUUUCUGCAGGACAUCUAGGAACUGGAAUAGGAUAUUCUGCAACAAAUCUUGGCUUGGGCUCUGGUUGGACAGUUCUUUUAUUUAUUUGGCGGCUUGGGAAUAGCUUGGUUUCCUUUUUGGGUAAGCAAUAG